UGUGCGUUGCGGCCCGGCGCUUAUCCGUCAGGGGCGCUUAAGCGCAGGGCUCGAAGCUCGUUCGCUCGCUCUCGAGGUUUACGUGCGAGCCGCCAGCCAUGGAGACCGACCAGCUGAGGCUAAGCGAGAUGGCGUACCUUCAUGUCCCGGACAAGGAGCGCUCCAAGAGCCCGUCACCGUGCGACUCGCUCGCCUCGUCCGCCACCGACAUCUCCACACUUCCCAUCCACGACAGGACUCCGCACCACGACGAACACGGCCUCACGCGGCAUCUGGCGUUCGCUAUAGCAGCGGCGGCGCUGGGAUCGGCCUUCCAGCAUGGAUACAACACGGGCGUGGUCAACGCGCCGCAGAAACUGGUGGAGGAGUUCAUCGAAGACACGUACAAGCACCGCUUCGAAGAGGAGCCCGGCGAGGGUACAGUCAAGUUCAUCUUCAGCAUCUUCGUGGCCAUCUUCUGCGUUGGUGGCAUGAUGGGGGGCCUGCUGACGGCCUUCGUGGCUGAGCGCUUCGGCCGCAAAGGAGGCCUGCUUCUCAACAACAUCAGCGUCUUCCUCGCCGCCAUCCUGAUGGGAGCUUCCAAGUCGGCCCGCUCAUACGAGAUGCUGAUCCUGGGCCGGUUCUUCGUGGGUCUCAGCUCGGGCCUGAACGCGGGUCUGGCACCCAUGUACCUGACAGAGAUCUCGCCACUGCACUUGCGCGGCGCUGUGGGCACCAUCUAUCAGUUGGUGGUGACCAUCUCCAUCCUGGCCAGUCAGAUCCUGGGUCUACCCUCGGCACUGGGCACGGCAGACCGGUGGCCCGCUCUCUUCGCAAUGACCGUUGUUCCCAGCCUGUUCAUGCUGGCCACGCUGCCCCUCUGCCCGGAGUCGCCCAAGUACAUCCUCAUCAACCAGGGCCGAGACGUGGCCGCCCAACAGGCGCUCACCUGGCUUCGAGGCACGAUCGAGGUACACGACGAGAUGGACGAGAUGCGGGCCGAGUUUGAAGCCAUCAAGAUGGUCUCGAGGGUCACCCUGUACGAGAUGAUGCAUAACAUCACGCUACGCAUCCCUCUUCUGAUCUCGAUCAUGGUCAUGCUGUCACAGCAGCUGUCUGGCAUCAAUGCGGCUAUUUUCUUCUCGACGGACAUCUUCCGAUCGGCCGGCCUCACCGACGAAGUGGCCAUGCAGGCCACACUAGGCAUGGGCGCCGUCAACGUGUUCAUGACCCUCGUCUCGCUGGUGCUGGUCGAGCGAGCGGGCCGCCGCACCCUGCACCUCGUCGGCCUCGGCGGCAUGGCAGUCAUCACGGUCAUUCUCACCAUCUGCCUGGCCUUGAGCGACAGCGUUCCAGGGCUGUCGUACGUGAGCAUCGUGGCCGUCAUCGGCUUCGUGGUCAUGUUCGCCACGGGUCCGGGCUCCAUUCCCUGGUUCCUUGUCGGCGAGCUCUUCGGACAGGGCGCGCGACCGCUUGCAACCAGCAUCGCCGUCGCCGUAAACUGGAGCGCCAACUUCCUCGUGGGCCUCGCGUUUCUGCCUUUAACGGGCGUGCUCGAGCACUACACGUUCCUCAUAUUCACGGCAUUGCUGGCGUUCUUCUGGGUGUUCACCUACUACAUGGUUCCCGAGACAAAGAACAAGAGCGUGGAAGAGAUCGCCGCGCUGUUCCGCCAGCGGGCCUACCACUGAGCGGCGGAUGGCUGGCCCUCCCCUUUGCGCAAUAGCGGCCCACACACAACCGAAGAUGCGCGGCCUGACGAAGCACAAUAAGCGGAGCGCCGCAGUCGGGCACCCGCUGACUGCGGCCCUUCCCACCAGUAGGGCACGCAGCGGCACCACCACCGAGCUCAGCCCCCAGACAGGUCGUCAUCGCCCGCUGGCAGAAUACAAGGGCGCCCCACUACGCAGUGCUUCUGGAACUAUCAGCGAAGUAGUUUUACAUCUCUAUAGCGGUCCUACCCGUCAGCUAUUCAGAUCCCUGGCUCGACGAGCGAAUCCCUGUCGAGAUCGCGUGUUGUUUUAUCUCGUUGGCUCCUGUGUGUGUGUCUCUGUCUGUUGGUUUUCGGAAGAUAGCGUGGCAGCUUUCCACAGUCGCUGGAAGUCUGUGGAACGUUUCGCUAAAUAUAUGGUGCGUAAUAGGUCGUGUGGCAUGUCGGCCGGAGUUAGCUUUUUAUUUACCAGCCCACUGCUAUCCGACCUGAUCGUUUCACCUCUUCCACGUCCGCUCUUGAGCUUCCUAUGAGCGAUCAAAGGCGUGCUACCACAACCAGAGGCAACUCGAGGCGGACGUGCUGGCCCACGAGGCUCGGUGAUGAAUAUUGUGGACGAGUGAUGAUACAUAGGCGAUUUUUCCAUCGAUGUUGAUCUGAUAACAGAGUGGUCCGAUGACGCGCACUUGUGAUAAUACUUGGACGACCUGCGACCGUUGCUACUUACUGUAUGCAGCUGCGAGAGAGAUAACCGCCUCUAUCGGCCGCCGUCGUGGUGUCGGUCGCUGCACCUGUCUGCGGUCUUCCUCCUGUACAAAAGGUUGCACAAUAGAGCGGUACAGUAAUAGAAACCCCUUCCCACGUUGACUGUAGGUUGUCGUGUCAUCUCAGGGCUCCCUGCCCUCCCUUGCUGUGUGCAGUCCAGGUUGACCCCGGGGUAGGUGUGUGUGCCAAUCAUAUCUAGCACGAGUGGCUGCAGUGAAAGCAAUGGCCCAGCACACCCGAGCAUAUAAGCAUCACCCACGGGUGCUGCAACGUGUUGUUCUGUCAAGCAGGACACUCGAGCAGCAAGUUGCGUCCGACGGGAGUAAUGUUGGGUCGAGACCACCGACGCAUCUUAUCACACAUUUAAAAACAUAAUCCAUCACACGUAUUUUUAACCUUCAUGUUUUUUUCAUCGAAAUUCACACCUAAAUGUGUAUCUGUUGUUUCAGAUGGCAGCUUGUUUUGCGAUCUUGAGGACUCAAAGAUAAGCAUGGCUUAAAGUUUUAGGACCCGUGUCUGCUUCUGUGACGUGUAGCGAAUGUGACCACCGAUUCGAUGGCGUCGUUUGUGCCAUGGAGUUUCAUGCGUGCGUCGGAAUAAGAGGACGCCUUUCAUUACUGUAGAUGUCCUUGGCAUUGUUGUUUAAGCGGGAAGCAAAUGAUCGGCAGCUCGCGAUUUUAAUUGUGUCGCUGCAGAAAACGGGCGCCCAACAUAAUUGUGGAAUUUCGCCUUGAGCUUCCUCUCGACCAAACUUUGCCAUCUCGAAAUUAUUCGAGGUCAGUGCUGAUUUAAGGUUCGAAUGUUGUUACUCGCCACCUUUUAUGUCGUGCUGAAUAAAUAACUUAUGAUAAAUGUAUAUAAACGUAGCUGCUUGGUACAGCCAAGUUAUUUGGCAGCACGGUUACAACGUUUUCCGACACAAACUUUUUACCAAUCAUCUGGUUGCUACUGGCCAAGCCCAAAUUUUUCCCACAUUGAGCACAUGUCGUAUAACUAGGAUGCACCUCAUUAUUUGUCACCACUGUUGCUGCCUACAGAUAUUUUAAUGUCAAACAGCCUGGCAGACAUCGGCCAACUGCAAUUUUCGUCGAGAUUUUCCACACUCGCUAGUGUAUAAUGAUUUUAUUUAUUGUGAAGGCACACGGAUGCGAUGUUGGCCUGUGGAUUGCUCGCUGUCUCCAUGCCGUUUAUUUUAACACCGGCGCUGCUCUUGAGCUGAGCUGGACGGACACGCGAGCGUCCACGUCGCAUGUCAUGCUCCGGUUCCCAGAUACGCCCACAGAUGGCGUAACUGUCUCGGUCGCUGAUGAAGAGGGACCUACACAUUGAAACUGGUAACUACGGCUCGAGUACGAAUAAUGCCUUAAGUCAAUGAAACAGGAGUGGGUGUGGCAGGGGCUCCAGUUCGUCUUUGCUCUAUGAAUAACGUAAUCACAUACACCUACACAGUCACAAAACAUCACUAAGUCACUACAAGGGAAGCACAGGGGAAUCGCAGCUUCGCUGAUUAUGCGAACUUCCAAACUGAGCUUAACUGGGGUAAGCUUUUCUUUUUUCUUUGCAUCAGGCUUGCGCGUUUCAGUUUGCACCCGCAUACUUCACUAAUGGCGCACUUAUGUCAUGCACGUACAGUCCACUUGAUGGUCGAUCGUCUACUGUGUGACGCCGUCUUGUGUAGCGUUUGCACGCAACUCCAUGGUGCACGUGCCUCGAGUCGGUGGCCCCGGGGUCACCCUACACCCGCCGUCAGUCGAACUUGACGCCGGGCGACUGCAGUUCCCGCUGGACGGUGCAGUUAGCCCGCCGGUUUAUCGAACGGCAGCUAGAUAUUUUGUCUCUUCUAGGCGGCGCGCUACCCUGUAUAUAGAGGAUGGCAUUUAUUUUUGUGCAUAUAGGGCGGCUUACAAUACGAGGAGAGCUUUGCAUCAGAGGUGUCCCUCCGCGGAGGCUGCAGUGCGUGUUCUACAGGAGCGACCACCAUAGUUGUACAUACUUUGCGGUAAUAAACAGAUUGUGCACUGUCUCGAAAA